AUGGUUACAUCCCUAAACGAGGAUAAUGAAAGUAUUGACUUAGAGAGCAUAUUUUCACUUAACCCAGAUCUUGCACCUGAUGAAGAUAUUGAACCUAGUCAGGAGACACUACCACCACCUGCUUCAACAGCCAAAGUAAACAAAAUUGUGAAGAGUCGACGAAGUGUGUUGCCUGCUAAGAAUGAAAAUCCUACCAGAGAUAAUAGAGUGGUUGGUUCUGCACGCGCGCGACCUACUCAGCUUCCUGAGCAGUCUUCUUCCUCUCAACAGAAUGGUACUGUUUCAGAUAUAUCUCCAGUUCAAGCUGCAAAAAAGGAAUUUGGACCCCCUUCACGUAGAAAAUCUAAUUGUGUAAAAGAGGUUGAAAAAUUGCAAGAGAAGCGUGAAAAAAGAAGGUUACAGCAGCAGGAACUGAGAGAAAAGAGAGCUCAGGAUGUGGAUGCUACAAACCCAAACUAUGAAAUCAUGUGUAUGAUAAGAGAUUUCAGGGGAAGUUUGGAUUAUAGACCACUGACAACUGCUGAUCCUAUUGAUGAGCACAGGAUUUGUGUUUGUGUACGAAAACGACCACUCAAUAAAAAAGAAACUUUAAUGAAAGACCUUGAUGUAAUAACAAUUCCUAGUAAAGAUGUUGUGAUGGUACAUGAGCCAAAACAAAAGGUGGAUUUAACAAGGUACCUAGAAAACCAAACUUUUCGUUUUGAUUAUGCCUUUGAUGACACGGCUCCUAAUGAAAUGGUUUACAGGUUUACCGCUCGACCCUUAGUGGAGACCAUAUUUGAAAGGGGGAUGGCCACUUGUUUUGCAUAUGGGCAAACGGGUAGUGGAAAAACCCAUACUAUGGGUGGCGACUUUUCUGGAAAGAACCAAGACUGUUCUAAAGGCAUAUAUGCACUUGCAGCUCGUGAUGUCUUUCUAAUGCUAAAGAAGCCAAACUAUAAGAAGUUGGAACUUCAAGUAUAUGCAACAUUUUUUGAGAUCUACAGUGGUAAGGUUUUUGACUUGUUGAACAGGAAGACAAAAUUAAGAGUGUUAGAAGAUGGUAAACAGCAAGUCCAGGUGGUGGGAUUGCAGGAACGAGAAGUCAAGUGUGUUGAAGAUGUUCUAAAGCUUAUUGAAGUAGGCAACAGCUGCAGGACAUCUGGCCAAACAUCUGCAAAUGCACAUUCAUCUCGAAGCCAUGCAGUGUUUCAGAUUAUUCUGAGAAGGAAAGGGAAGCUGCAUGGUAAAUUUUCUCUGAUUGAUUUGGCUGGCAAUGAAAGAGGAGCAGAUACUUCCAGUGCAGACAGGCAGACACGACUGGAAGGUGCAGAAAUUAACAAGAGCCUUUUAGCACUCAAGGAGUGCAUUAGAGCCUUAGGCCGAAAUAAACCUCAUACACCCUUCAGAGCAAGUAAACUUACUCAGGUGCUAAGAGAUUCAUUCAUUGGAGAAAACUCCCGUACCUGUAUGAUUGCUACAAUUUCUCCGGGGAUGGCAUCAUGUGAAAACACUCUAAAUACCUUGAGAUACGCAAACAGGGUGAAAGAGCUGACGGUCGAUCCCACUGCUGCGGGAGAUAUCCGUUCCAUCAUACACCAUGCUCCCAAUCAGAUGGAUGACUUGGAGACACAGUGGGGUGUGGGGAGCUCUCCUCAGAGAGAUGAUCUCAAACUGCUCUGUGAACAAAACGAAGAGGAAGUUUCUCCACAGCUGUUUACUUUCCAUGAAGCAGUGUCACAAAUGGUGGAAAUGGAGGAACAAGUAGUAGAAGACCACAGGACUGUCUUCCAGGAAUCUAUUAGAUGGUUGGAAGUUGAAAAGCUCCUUCUUGAGAUGACAGAAGAAGUAGACUAUGAUGUGGAUUCUUACGCUACCCAACUUGAAGCAAUUCUAGAUCAAAAAAUUGAUAUUCUGACUGAACUUAGAGACAAAGUGAAAUCUUUCCGGGCAGCUCUGCAAGAGGAGGAACAGGCCAGUAAACAGAUCAGCCCGAAGAGACCACGUGCCCUUUGAAAAAGGGGCCUUUGCUGCUAAAGGAAUCCACGAACCCGUACUGCUGUAGCACACAUUGGUUACAAAACCCAGUGGCCAGGGGAAUUUAACUACUUGAAAGUAUAAAAACAUUAGAAAUGUCUGUGGAAGUGUCCUGUUUCUUACUCACCUGAAUGACAUUUUCAGUUUUGUGUGAAAUGCUCCUAUAAUGUGUCUACAAAAU